AUGCAGCCACAGCAAAGCAAAAGGCCUGCCACGGAGACACUGACACACGAACAUCUCCACUGGACAGUACUUGUGGUGUCAGAUUUAGCAAUCAGCAGGGGUUUGGGGGAUAUAAAGUACAAGCCACGGACUUUGCCUACAAGGCAACAGAGCGAGACUCCAUCUCAAAAAAAUAAAAAACAAAAAAAAAACAACCCUGUCAUGGCUCAACAACAUUAUGUGGGCAAGAAACACAGAAAACAGGAGACCAAGCUCAAACUAAUGGCGCGCUAUGGGCGGAUGGCGGACCCUGCUGUCACUGACUUUCCAGCUGGAAAGGGCUACCCCUGCAAAACGUGUAAGAUAGUGCUGAACUCCAUAGAACAGUACCAAGCUCAUGUCAGUGGCUUCAAACACAAGAACCAGUUACCAAAAACAGUGGCAUCAUCCCUGGGCCAGAUUCCAAUGCAAAGGCAACCCAUUCAGAAAGACUCAACCACCUUGGAAGACUAGAGGUGUUUCUGCCCAGUGUCCCAUGUUGGGCCAGCCAUGAGCCAGCUUCCUGUGACUACUCAGCCCUUGGCUCCCUCUCACUCCUUGUUCUCACCAGGAAAAUACACAGGCCUGAGGCAGGAUUGGGCCACA